UAGUGCAGCUGUCCCCAGACUUCGCUGUGGGUGGGAACACCGAGCCUGCCGUCUCAUUGCCUCACCUCUUUGACAGCUGUCAGCCAGAUGUGGCCCCGUCGGCAGAUGUGCUGGCUGGCAGCGGCGCGCCCGCUCCAGAGGUGAAAGGGCAGGGUCUGACAGACGGUGCAGGGGAGCCCGAAGUUUGCGGAUGGAGGCAGCGCACCCCUGCCUGCAGCUGGAACCGGGCCAGAUGUUGGUGCUCCAGCCCAGAGCUGAAGAGACUUCAACAUAUGGGCCGCCCGCAAGCAGAGGGGAGAAGAUGUACCGCUGCACCCUCUGGUCUUGCUUGUAUUUUUAGACCGGCUGCAAUGUGACCGAUUAUCACUCGCCUCCCUUAUAUAAAAACAACCGGCAGGCGGCAUCCAGUGUUAGGUUUCGAGGCUCAGACUGAAGGGAAUGGCGUUCCGGGCAGGAGCUGGCGUGGACAAGCCGCACAGAGCAGACGCUGCGACCAGUUUCCUCAGGGCCGCACGAUCUGGAAACUUGGACAAACUCCUCGACUACUUAAAGAAUGGGGCUGAGAUCAACACGUGUAACCAGAAUGGGCUUAAUGCACUCCACCUGGCUUCCAAGGAAGGGCACGUCAAGGUGGUGUCGGAGCUGCUCCACAAUGGCAUCGAUCUGGAAGCCGUGACAAAGAAAGGGAACACAGCCCUGCACAUUGCAGCACUAGCUGGACAGGAGCAGGUGGUGAAGGAACUUGUUGACUAUGGAGCAAACAUUAACGCUCAAUCCCAGAAAGGAUUCACUCCACUUUACAUGGCGGCACAGGAGAACCACCUGGAAGUUGUGAAGUUUCUGCUUGAAAAUGGCGCCAACCAAAACGUUGCAACAGAGGAUGGAUUCACACCCUUGGCUGUUGCGCUACAACAAGGACAUGAGAACGUGGUGGCUGAUCUGAUAAACUACGGGACGAAAGGGAAGGUGUGCCUCCCUGCCUUGCACAUCGCGGCACGGAAUGAUGACACCCGGACUGCAGCAGUCCUCCUGCAGAACGACCCCAACCCUGAUGUACUGUCAAAGACUGGCUUCACUCCGCUCCACAUCGCAGCACAUUAUGAGAAUCUGAACGUGGCUCACAUGCUGCUGACCAGAGGGGCCAACAUCAAUUUUACACCCAAGAAUGGAAUCACAGCACUGCACAUUGCUUCCCGAAGAGGGAACACAAAUAUGGUCAGGUUUCUGCUGGAUCGUGAAGCCCAGAUCGAUGCUCGGACAAAGGAUGAGCUGACGCCUCUUCACUGCGCCGCCAGGAAUGGCCAUGUGCAGAUUGCUGAGAUUCUACUGGAUCGCAAUGCUCCGAUUAUGGCCAAAACCAAGAACGGCCUCUCCCCCAUUCACAUGGCAGCACAGGGCGACCACCUGGACUGUGUCCGGCUCCUGCUCCAGUACAAAGCCGAGAUCGAUGACGUCACACUCGAUAACCUGACCCCACUCCAUGUGGCUGCUCACUGUGGCCACCACAAGGUGGCCAAGGUCCUCCUGGACAAGGGGGCAAAGCCCAGUGCCAGGGCCCUGAAUGGCUUCACUCCGUUGCAUAUCGCAUGUAAGAAGAAUCACAUCAGGGUGAUGGAUCUGUUGCUGAAGCACGGAGCCUCGCUGGAGGCUGUAACUGAGUCAGGGCUGACGCCACUCCAUGUUGCUGCCUUCAUGGGAAACCUCAAUAUCGUCACCAAGUUACUACAGCAUGGAGCCUCCCCUAAUGUAUCCAACGUGAAAGUAGAGACUCCAUUACACAUGGCAGCAAGAGCGGGGCAGACUGAGGUGGCACGGUUUUUACUCCAAAACAAGGCUCAAGUCGAUGCCAAAGCCAAAGACGAUCAGACUCCCCUGCAUUGUGCCACUCGCCUGGGCCACCUGGAUGUCAUCAAGCUCUUGCUGGAGAACGGAGCGUGCCCGAAAUCAGCGACCACUGCGGGCCACACGCCUCUGCACAUCGCCUCGCGGGAGGGGCACGUUGAAGUAGCAGAGGUCCUGCUCGACCACGGAGCCUCACAGACCAGAAUGACAAAGAAAGGGUUUACCCCAAUCCAUGUCGCUGCCAAGUAUGGUAAAAUGCAAGUUAUGGAAUUGCUGCUUCAACGAGGUGGUCAGCCCAACUCUGCAGGAAAGAAUGGUCUGACCCCUCUCCAUGUGGCCGUUCACCAUGACAACCACGACAUCGUGAAGCUUCUUCUCAACCAAAAUGCAUCCCCGCAUGCCACAGCCCGGAACGGCUACACCCCACUGCACAUCGCUGCCAAGCAGAACCAGACAGAGAUUGCAAGGAGCCUGCUGGAGCACGGAGCCUCGGCCAACACGGAGUCCUUCCAGGGAGUGACGCCUCUGCACCUGGCGGCCCAGGAGGGUCACAUGGAGAUGGUCACCCUGCUCCUUGACAGUCAAGCCGAUGCCAACCUGAACAGUAAGAACGGCCUGACACCCCUACAUCUUGUGGCUCAGGAGGACCGGGUUCUGGUGGCUGAAGUACUCAUCAACCAUGGAGCAUUACCUGAACCAACAACAAAGUCUGGAUACACUCCACUGCACAUGGCUUGUCACCAUGGAAACAUAAACAUGGUGAAGUUUCUGCUCCAGAACCAUGCAAAUGUCAACUGCAAAACCAAGAUCGGACACACGCCCUUGCACCAGGCUGCACAACAAGGCCACACAGAUGUCGUUAACCUCCUCUUAAAGCAUGGAGCCUCUCCAAAUGAAAUCACCACGAAUGGAAGCACAGCGUUAGCGAUCGCAAAGCGACUCGGCUACAUCUCCGUAACAGACGUGUUAAAGAUUGUUACUGACGAAACCAUGAGCACAACUAUCACUGAGAAGCACAGACUGAGUUUUCCUGAAACCGUUGAUGAAACCCUGGACGUGUCAGAGGAUGAAGGAGAAGAUGUCCUUGGAGUAGAUGCAAGCAAGUACCUGAAACAGGAUGACUCAAAGGAACAAGAAGAUGACUACUUAUCUGCAAAGAAGACAGCUGAUUUUGACGUAUCUUACUCUCCCGCUGUACACAGAAUGUCAUUUGCUGCACCAGAAAUCGUGGCUGCAAAGGACCAGAUCACAGUUCAAGGGGAGCAGCAGCAACAGGCUUCCAUCUCCCUGUCCAAGGACUUUGAUGAGGAUUCCUUCACCCCCAGCAGCCCGGCCACUGAGACUUCCGAUAACAUCAGCCCAAUCGCCAGCCCUAUCCACACAGGUGAACCCAGCAGUCCUGUUGCAGAAAUAUACGAUAGCACGAGCUCCAUCAACAAUGACAUCGUUGUCCAUUCUGGUGAAUCCACCAGCAGUCCAGCUGUGGAGACAUCCCCUUCUAUCACACCUGCUCCUAAACCUGUCCAGUCCAGGUUUCUGGUGAGUUUCAUGGUGGACGCUCGGGGAGGCUCGAUGAGAGGCAGCCGACACAACGGGAUGCGCGUCAUAAUACCACCACAAACGUGCAACGCCCCCACACGCAUCACCUGCCGGCUGGUGAAGUCGCAGAAGCUGGUGAGCCCUCCGCCGCUGGUGGAAGGAGAAGGACUGGGAAGCAGGGUGAUCGCACUGGGACCAGCUGGCACCCGCUUUCAGGGCCCCGUCAUUGUGGAAAUCCCACAUUUUGCCUCAGUGGAACACACAGACCGGGAGCUGGUGGUCCUGCGGAGUGAGAAUGGGUCAACCUGGAAGGACCACCGGAACUGUUGUGGAUCGGAACAGUUAGAGCAGCUACUGAGCGGAAUGGAUGAAGACCUGGACUCCCCCGAGGAGCUGGAGCGGAAACGAAUUUGCCGCAUCAUCUCCAUGGACUUCCCACUCUAUUUUGCCAUUGUUUCCCGUAUCAAGCAGGACACUGAGUGGAUCGGUCCUGAAGGUGGAGUGGUGAGCAGCACACUUGUACCGAAGGUACAGACCACUUUCCCUGCAUCUGCAGUGAUCAAGAGGGUCCGUCUGGGCCUUCAGGCUCAGCCUAUUCCUGAUGAGUUGGUGACAAAGCUGGUGGGUAACCAGGCAACAUUCAGUCCAAUUGUUACGGUGGAACCCAGGAGAAGGAAAUUCCACAUCCCAAUAGGUCUUCGGAUCCCACUACCACCCUCAUGGAGGAACAACCGGCAGAAUACCUGUGAAGGCGAUGAGACCAGCCUCCGACUGCUAUGCAGUGUUAUAGGAGGAACAGGCACUGCCCAAUGGGAAGACAUCACAGGAACCACCAAACUCAUUCAUGCAAACGACUGUGCAAACUUCACCACCAAUGUGUCAGCAAGGUUCUGGUUGGCGGACUGUCCCCGGACUGCGGAAGUGGUGAACUUUGCCACCCAAAUCUACAACGAAUUGAUGGCCGUGCCCUACAUGGCCAAGUUCGUGGUGUUCGCCAAGAUGCACGAUGGGAGAGACGGCCGACUGCGGUGUUACUGCAUGAGUGAUGACAAGGUGGACAAGACCUUGGAGCAACAUGAGAACUUCACUGAAGUGGCGAGAAGCAGGGACAUUGAGGUUCGAGAGGGAAUGCCAUUGUACGUGGAAUGUUCCGGCAACAUCGUGCCUGUGAGGAAAGCAGGCCAGCAGCGGUGUUUCAAUUUCCAUUCAUUUAAAGAAAACCGCCUCCCCAUAACCAUAAAGGUGAGAGAUCUCAGCAAAGACCACACUGGUCACAUCUCCUUCCUUCGAAAGCCCACAAAAUACGAAGACCUCCAGCACAUCAUCUGUAACCUGAACAUCACCAUGCCUCCCUGUGUGAAGAUCGAUGGAAGUGAGGAGCGGCGGCGGAACCUGACCCCUCUGGCCCUGCGCGAACGAUACAACACGCUAACCGAGCCGGCAAUGGUCUCCCUGAGUGCUUGGGAACGUACAGAAAUGAAGAUGUCUCUGAUUGCUGAGCAGCUCGGUCUCAGCUGGGCUGAGUUGGCAAGAGAGCUACAGUUCUCUGUGGAUGACAUCAACAGAAUCCGUGUGGAGAAUCCCAACUCACUGCUGGAACAGAGUGCUGCCCUUCUCAAUCUCUGGGCCAGCCACGAGGGAAAGAGAGCCAAAAUGGAGAGUUUGUAUUCUGCGCUGAAGAAUAUCGACCGGAAUGACAUCGUGAAUAUGCUGGAAGGGUCCAGUAUGAACAGCCACCCUCUGAAAGGGAAUAACAAGCACACAGAAAGAGACCAAAGCCUUUCUCCGGCUGUGAAUGGUUUCACCACAGUGCAGGAUGAGAUGCUAUCUCCUGCUUCACUUCAAUAUACGAUGCCAUCUCCGCUUCAAGCUGACCAGUUCUGGAACGAUGUCACAAGCCUGGAUGUUAACCCCAAUGCACGCACUGACAACGAUUCCCUGAUGGAGAUAUCCGAUGUCAAUGUUUGGUCGUCAGGUGGUAAGCCACCUCUAGUGGUAGCCGAAGACUCCUCUCUGGACUACAGCAAGGCCGAUGAAUCAUUUCAGGCUGAAGGACUGAGUUCCUUAAACCUCACUGAGGAGGACACAGCAGAUUCAGAUGCUAUCAACGGGCUGAUAGAUAUGCUCAACAAUGAAGUUGGUCAGAGGUCAGAGAGCAAAACAGAGAUGACAGAAGGAGAGACUCCAACCAAGCUGGCAGAGGAAGUGAAUACAGAGAAUGGCAUUUCUGUAAUUUCAGGGCAACAGAAAGCACAAGACAGAUGGACAGGGUCACCAACAUCGAGAAAAAAUGCAGACAUCAAACAGCCAGACCAGAAUGCAGAAAGGCCUCAAGCACAACCCUACGUUGUGUCAUACCAAACAGUCCAGGAGGAGAGAGGGUGGGUCCCCGAGUUUGAAGGGGCUUCAGUGAUGACCCCAAAGGCUGAGCCCUGGAAACCUGGCUUCAUUGCAUCGCAGAAGGAAGCUUGGGCCGAGGUUCUGAAACAGUGGCCUGCCGAGAGUUUGUCUCACGUGGCAAAGCAAAGUCCCAGCAGACUACAGACUGAGGAGAGGCUUGUACAGUCGGUAGAAAGCACAGAGCAGAAGCAGUCACUUCCCUUCCGACGUCUGAGAGAUGUGGAGGGUCCCCUUUGUUCAACACCUGCACCUGGUGGCUCAGCAUUUCAACAUGACCCUGAUCCACGCAGCAGCUGGAUAACCGUGGAGGAGGAAGUGGUGGAUUCGAGCGAGGAGGGUGAAGAAGCAAAGAACAUUCCAGGCGAAUCAGUGACGGAAGAGCAGUUCGUCGAUGAAGAUGGCAAUAUCGUCACUAAGAAAGUUGUUCGAAAGGUUGUUCGAAGGGUUGGCCCCGGUGAAGGAAAGGAAGAGACAGUGGAGGUGCUACUCGCAGACACAUCAGACCUAGAAAAUCCAGCAGAUAACUUCACAAAGUACAACAUAUUAACAAGAGACAGCACAAACAGUAAGGAUACUGUAACUACAACACGGCCUUGAGAGGAGGAAGCAGGCAGAUUGGGGGCUGUGAGAGAAAAAGACUUUACAUUAGGCUACAGGCAUGAUUUCUAUAAGAGAGUUCCUAUUAUCAAUUAGCAUGAUUGACUGCCAAAGCAUGUACUCUAUUGUACCGCCUAAGGGACUGAAUGAUUACUAUUGGCACAGAGCUGGGAGGCACCCCACCAACAGAAUAAGCGGGAAGGACGCCCUGGGACAAGGGCCGCAUCCGAACAGCAAUAUCAAAACAAAAUUCAGUCGCUUUACUGCUCACGUUUUUAAUUGGGUUUUAACUAGCGAGUGGAGUUUUCAAUACAGUUGUUUUGCUGUCUGUGGUUAACUUAAUACUAUGCAAAAACAGCAAUGCACUGCAAUAUAUUCAACAGCUGUCAGGGUAGGUACCGGACCAGCUGUCUAAAAGACAACUUUAGUUUGCAUCAAUGUUUUCCUUUUCUUUUCCCCUUUUUGCUAGCUCACCGCUAAUCCUUAGAGGACAAAUUGUGCUUUGCAGCUUUUAAAUUCUGUUACUCUAUUUUUUUAAAGAAUUUUUUGUGUAAGAUUUGUGUUUGGUUUGAAUAUUGUCCUACUCCAGAAGAGGACAGCUUUCUAUGUUCUGUGUAUUAAACUGUAAAGAGCCACUGUGUCAGUUUCUGUGAACCCUUAAGUUACAGCCUGCUCAGUAUUGGACCAGACGAUGUCAGUUUUUGAUCUUAUGUAAACUGAACACAGGAGGUUUACUUUCCUCUGUUCAACCACUUGGUUAAUCUCUUUUAGCAAAAUUUCUCCACCUUUGCAUUAGAGCUGCAUGAAGUUAGUGCAGAAGGACAUUUAAUUUAAAUACCUUAACCUCAAAAUCCUUGCUUUUUAAAGCGUAAGCUUAUUUUUCUGUUUGGUUUUGUGUCUCGUGACCUUGUAUUGUUAUUACUUCAGGUUUUCCAGUACUAUUCAUCACCAGCAACACAGGCUUCAAAACACAAACCGUGACACCCUCUUAAUCUCCGCCCUGCGGGAAUCAUUUUGGAACACACGUGAUUACUUGUUCCUGACUCUUUGCCACGUUGCAGAGUUGUGGUCUCUGCGCAAACCUGUGCAGCUAUGCAUUGUUUGCGGAGUAACCUGAGGCGAUUAAACCCCAUUCACAUUUCCUGAGACUGAGUGGUUUUAUGCCACUCCCAUUCUGAAAGGGAUUUUUCAAUUCAUUAUUGGGAUGUAGGCAAGGCAGGCAUCUAUAGCUUGCUUAUGUGGAGCAAGUGACCCAUUGGGCACUUCGACGGAAGAGCUAAGAGUUGACCGUGUUGGUAUGUGACAAGCCUUCUGGGCAGGUUAGGUAAAGAACAAGGAGCUCCUUCCCGAAAGGACAUUGAUGAUUCAGUUGAAUGCUUAUGAUAAUCUGACAGCUUCAUUGUGACAUUUACUGUCGCCAGCUUUACAUUUCCAAAGUUUUAAAUAUUUGAAUUUAAAUUUUUAAACAAUCCUCUACUCGUUCUCAAGACAGUUAGUCCAUAACAAUUAUCAUUGGCAUCAACCCCAUUGGACGCCUGAAUGGAUUCUGAAUUUUGCUCAGGAAUGUCUGUCUAACGGGUUCUGCAUUUUUCCAAUUAACUGGAGGUUUCCUCAUUCUCCCUUCUUCCUUGCAGGAAUACUUUGGCCUCUGGUUUGAGUACUUCCUGUUUACCAACACACAAGUGUGGGUCUGCCUCUACUGUGGGAGCUUGAAAGCAAUAGUAUUUCAUUUCGCAAGUGGAACUAGCAUAGAUGGGCAGCCUGGUCGGCAUGGACAAGGUGGGCUGAAGGGCCUGUUUCUGUGCUGUCUGACUCUAUGACUCUAAUUGGCCUGAAAAUAAUUUGGAAAGCAGUGCGAGAGGUGUAAGUGGUAACAAGCUUGGCACGGGUUGGGUUUGUCCGCUAAUGUAACCAUGGGUGGUGUUGUAGCAACUGCCUCUCUCUGAAAUAACUUGGAGAGCAGUGCGAGAGAUAUAAGUGGUAACAGGUUUGGCAAGGGUUAGGUUUGUCUUUUGGUGUACCCAUGGGUGAUAUACCAGCUGCCUCUCCCAAGAGGUUUGCUGGAAGUAAGAAUCAGAGAAGCUUCUGAAACACACAGAUGACAGGUGUAAAGUCAGAAUUAGCCCCAGCCUCUCAGUAGACCUGAGUAACAUCAUUCGCAAUGGGUGAGAAAGUGAAGCUGGACAUAUUGGCUGUCAGUGCUGACAGCAUUAAUAUGCUUGCAAUUGCUUGCCUCAGCUGGCAUUCAUACCCCUUGCAAUUAAUGCACCUGAUUAGAGCUCUCUCUCCAAUUGGCUUGAACUGGUAUCUCUGCUCAGGGGACUGCAGAGUUUAGGGAAAACCACUCAGCUGGGAACUUGGCACACAAUGGCAAUAUCUCCAUCUGAAUGGGCAAGGGAUAGGGAUUGGGAUGACCAUUGGAACAGGGUGGGCCAUGUCCUCUGUAAAGACAGAAGGAGAACCUUGUGUUGGCUGCAGCUUUUUCCACAGCCCUUGGACAACCCAAAACACACAAAGCCAAUUAAACACUUCAGGAGUGUGACGCUGCUGUGAAGUAGGAAACUCAGCAACAAAGUUGCACAUUGCAAGCUCCCACAAACAGCAAUGUGACAACACUAAACCAAUCUAGUCCUGAUGUUGAUGAAGGGAUAAGUAUUAGCAAAGACACAUGGGAGAAUUCCCUGAAAUUCUUCUAAAUAGCACCACAGAAUCGUUUACCUCCUCCUGUGGGAGCAGACAAAGCCUCAGUCUGAUGUCUAAUCCAUGUAGCACCGUCUAAUGGGCUGUGUACAGAAGGGAGGUGUAACUGAAUCCUGACCAACAGGCUUUACUGUAACCGUGUUAGCUGCUGGGGUAGGGUUGUGCUUGCGCGAGACCUACUUUCUGUUCCAUGUGGAAGGUUACUUCCCACAGCAGACAUUGUUAGUAAUGGAGACGCAAGAGGCUGCUGGAAUCUGGAGCAACACACAAAAAACUGGAGGAACCCAGCGGG